AUGUUUGAUGCAUUGGAUAAUAAUUUACAACAAAAUUUGUUAGAAGUAAUUCCAAAUGAUGCUGAUCAUAAACCAAAACCUCAAAGGUUUCAAGAUUUUCUUAAGGUUCUACAAAUAUCAAAUCGAUUGAAUUUUAAAGUAACGCCAUCAUUAAUUCCAUCAACUGGAAUGUCUGUAGUUGAACCAACCGUAUCAAAAUCAACAGGUAUAUCAGGAGUUAGUCCUACAUUGAUUCAAAAUUUGUCAUCGAUAUCAGAGCCAAAAUUAGAAUCGCAAAUUCCACAAAAGAUAUCAGCAGUCUCAAUGUUACCACAACAACAACAACAACCGCUUCCGGGAAAUUCGAUUGUAAGAUUUGCCACAGUAUUAAUAAUAUUUAAUAAUUAA